CGAAUUAUAUGAAGUACAACUUAUCCCAUAUUUAAACCCAUCAACACUGAUUCAGUGAUGAAAUAUUUGUAUAUACAAACUUAUCAGUGUUAUACUAGUUAAAAUUGUAAACCAACUUCGUAUUUGUUCUUAAAUAUGUCACUGUAUGAUUUGUAUAAACAACAACCAUUAGAGGAUUCAGAUAAAAGCUCCUUAUUGUCAGAGGAGGAGAAACAUGCUGUAACUCUUGGUGUCCUGCAUGCUCACUGUACAGCGUGUGUGAACAGGAACUGCAACAUCUCCCCAGAUGGACAGAGCAGUUGCUCCGUCAUAGAGUGUCCGUAUUCUUGUGGCCAGAGAUUUCACAGGUGCAAACUAGAUGAACAUGAAAAUUUCUGCAUGAGCAUGAAAGUGCCUUGCAUUAAUCAUAUCUAUGGUUGCCCCUAUGAGAUUCUUCGAGAACAACAGGCCCGUCACAUCCCGGUGUGCCCUGCCAGUGUCGUUAAAUGUAUGAUUGAGUGGAAUCGAUGGCCAAUGCAUUCGAGUGACUUGUGUGUUAAAGCACCUCUGCCUUUGAAUAAUCCUCGUGUACAAUGUGGGCAGUUAGAUGUAGCCCUAGCAUUCCGAGAUCAACGUGUGCUUUUAAAGUCAAUGUCUGAGAAAAAGCUGAAGGCCACUGAGAAAACAAGUGAGAAGUCGAAUGAUGCUCCUUGGGAAUCAAACAAGUAUCCCCCUGGUCUUCAAAAAUCUCUAUACCAUGGUAUCUUCUCACCAUCAAAAGGUGAUGUUUUUUGUGCCAAAGACCCAAAUUAUGAUGAUAGAAAUAAUUAUGCAAAGGAACAUGCCUCUGUCCAGCUUGGGGGUAUUGGGGUAGAUUACAUUUCCUCCAAUAUGGGACUUGCUGGUAUAAGGAGAUUAAGUGAAAUUGAAAGAGAAAGACAGCAGAAAUUGGAAAAUUUAACACCAAAUCCUAGUCCUCUGCCACAAGAGGAGGAAUUAAAAUCUCAGCCACCUUCUAUAGAAGUGAAAGAAGAUGAUACAGAAGACAAUUGCAAUGAUGAAGACAAGUUGAUUAACCUCUACAACAAAAAAAUACAACUUCAUGAACUUUUAGGUCUUUGUUUGAAUGUGGAAAAUUAUCCCAGUGGAUCCUUCACAUUUUCCUGUGACCAGAGUUUCAGGCGUGAUGAGAUUGCUUGGCAUUUCAAGAACGUUCACAGUGAGAUACAGAAUGGUUUAAAUGGGAUCAUGGAACAAAGAUGUCCACUUGCACACCAGGGCUGCAAUUUCACUCAUCGCAGGUUCAUUCCUCUUAUACCAAAAGGAAAAAUAGUACACAGUUCUCUUUUAGAAAGUUUUGGACUAGUCAGUGGAGAGGAAGAUGAAAAUGGUGCAAUAAUUGAUGAAUCAAUAGAAGAUAUGUCCACAACAGAAAACAAGGAUUCGGAUAAAAUUCGACGUCUACGAGAAGCAACUCCUGAGAUUAUAACGUCUUCCAAAUAUGACUCUAUUAUCAAGGUGAUCCCAAGGUAUCGAAGAGUUUCUACUCCAGAAAUUCCCUGCACAUCUGUAAACAGAGAGGCAUUAAAGCUAACAUGUCUUCCUGUGGAAAUCCUGGAAAAUAUCGUAAGUUACCUGGAUGGCUUCAGUUUGAAUAAUUUAUCCUUGACCUGUUCAGCACUGAGACAGGUUUGUGCCUCCGUGUUACAAGUGAAGGGAAUGGUGCUGAUGGUUUGGGGAAAAGAGGAAAACAGCAAUUCAUGGCAUGUGACAAAGCAUAAGUGGAUUUUCAGCAACAGUAUGAGUCCUAUCAGGCAAUGGAAGCAGAUUGGACAUGGUGUAUUGUCUGAGCACCUCAAAGUCUGUGAGUUCAACCAGGAGAAGGACAAAGUGAUUCGCACAGAAAAGAUUAAAGUUAUGGAAGCUCUAGAUCUGUUGGAAACCACAGUACAAGGAGAGCAAUAAACAAUAUUUCCAUAGGGGAAACUUAAAAUUUGGACUGUCUAAGCUGUUGGUAUGAUAGUGAGGUGCCUUAAAAUCUUUGUUGAUAACAGUCUUUCAAUGUCUAUUAGUAUCAUAUUUAUACACAAAUUGUUGAUGCAUAAAUUAUAUAACCAGAAUCUACAAUAUUUAUUCCCACCUCCUCAGUUUAUGCUUUGAUGUUGGUUGCAUUUCGUCACUGUUUACAUGACAAAAUGGGUAUUUUUAGGUCACCUGAGUCGCUAUUAGUCUGCGUCUGUAUUAUCGUGCAUUAAGAAAAUAAACAUUUUAAACAAGUUUCUUCUUUAUAACUAUCAUUCCAAUUCUUUUAAGCAUCUUUGGGACAAAGGAGAUGUGAAUUUUAAAUUACAGGAAUCCUGCACCCCUGGGACAGGGCAAUAACUGCCAAAGAUUUACCAAUUUUAAAAAAGGUCUUCUUCUCUAGAACUGCACAUCUGUAAGGAAAAUUAAAUACAAAGUCAUGUAGAACAGGAAGUCCUCUACCAAAAUUUUGUAAAUUUCAUGAUCCUCAGAGUAGAGGUUCUUGCUCCAGGGUGGGGCCAAACUUGGCAUACAGUGUUUAUGUGUCAAACAUUUAAAUAACAUCUUCUUCAAUGCUUAGGAUACUAAAUUAAAACUAGGUGUUUGGAAGGGGCUCUUUACCACAAUUGUAAAUUUCAUCAUCCUAGUGGUAGGGGUUUUGGUUCUAGGGUGGGGCCAAACUUAUCAUAGUGAUUAUGAACAAACAUCAUCUUUGAUUUUGCUGAUAGGCUAUAAAAACUAGAUAUAUAUACAUGUAUAGGAGAAGCAAAUGGGAAUGUACCAAAAUUGUGAAUUUCACAACCCCAGGGUUUUGACUUUUGGCCGGGUCCAAAACAGUCAUAUAUUGUUAUUAUAAUAUAGAUUAUAUAUAACUUAUAUACAUAUAUUAAGUAAAAUCUUCCAUGUGUAUUAAUAACACAUCUUGUUUUAUACUGCUGCUGAAUAUUAGAAUUUUAAUAGCUUAGAUAUGCAGAAUAGGAAAAUUGUAGUAAAGCCCAUAGGUCUAGUGACAUGUAGGUGACCAGUAAGGCCUGCGGACCUUUGUUUGGUUUUUUUUUUUUUGGUUUUUAUUUUGUCUUUCUGUGAUUUUGUAUAUUUAAAAAAAAAAAUUAUCUUUUUUUUUUUUGGAUGGACCGGAGAUUUACACAGCCAAUCAAAACACAGUACAGUAUAAUGAACUAAAGUGCAGAUUUAAAUUUUGAAUUUACUUUUUGUUGACAUGAAAUUCAUAUAUGAAGUGAUUUUUAAAUUUUGCUUCAAACUUUAUCCAUGCAGUGAUUGCUGAUGUUGAUAUAUUAAGUACUGUGCAAUAAAGUUUUUGUCUCUUGUU